UGCGCUUCCGGUUGCAUAUUGCACAAAAGUCUGCAGUUUCUUUUUCUGUGGCUCUCUUUUCCGCGAACCUGCAUCAGAGAAUUAAGUCCGUCACGUUUUAUGAGGGAACCAUGAUCCCAUUAAAGAGAAGAAAGGUCGUGCCCACCGGUGCUGGGAACACUGGGAGUGAGGAAACUUCACCAAACAAGUUCCCUCAGGUGGUUUUGUUUCUGUUGGAGAGGAAGAUGGGAGCCAGUCGAAGAGCUUUUCUCUCUCAGCUCGGUCGAAAGAAAGGAUUCCAGGUGGAAGAGUUGUUCAGUGAGGGAAUCACACAUGUGAUUUGUGAGAACAACUCUGGUGACGAGGUCAUAGCGUGGCUGGAGUCUCAGGUCAGAGGUCGAGGCCGAGCGACCGCUCACCUGCUGGACGUCAGCUGGUUCACAGAGAGCAUGCGGGCGGGACGUCCUGUCGAAAUACUGGACCGACACCAACUACAGCAGCAGCAGAUUAGAGAAGUGGAGGUUGUGGUGUUUUCUGCACCGAGCUACGCCUGUCAGAGACGGACCACUCUGGACAACCACAACGCCAUCCUCACCGACGCGCUGUCGCUGCUGGCUGAAAACGCUGAGCUCAGCGGCGAGGACGGACGAGGCGUCGCGUUCCGGCGGGCCGCCGGCGUGCUGAAGGGUCUCCCCGAACCGGUGACGGCCGUGACGCAGCUCGUGGGGCUCCCGUGUCUCGGCGGACAUUCGCUAAGAGUCGUCAAAGACAUUCUGGAGAACGGAGCGUCGUGUGAGGUCGAAGACACGAAGCAGUCGGAGCGCUUUAAAGUGCUGAAGGUUCUAACAGGUAUUUUUGGCGUUGGAGUGAAAACAGCAGAGCGGUGGAUCCAAGAGGGGAUUCGUGGCCUUCAGCAGUUACAGGAUUCGGGACGAACGCUCAAUCGGGCUCAACAAGCGGGUCUGCAGCACUACGAAGACCUCAACCAGCAUGUCACGAGAUCGGAGGCCGACGCUGUCGCCGCUGUCGUGGAGGAGGCUGUCGCGUCCGUGUUGCCGGGGGCUCGGAUGACUCUGAUUGGAGGAUUCAGGAGAGGGAAGCUGACGGGCCACGACGUGGACUUCCUGAUAACACACCCGGAGGAGGGCAGAGAAGUGGGGCUGAUGCCGAAAGUCGUCUCCUGGUUGGAAUCUCAGGGUUUCCUCUUGUACCAGAAAACUACGAAGAACUCUUACCUGGAGGGCGAGGACGGACCCGCUCGACCCUCCUCCAACAUGGACCGCUUUGAGAGGUGUUUCUCCAUCUUCAAGCUGACCGAGGAGGUCAACGGUGAAGGACUGAAACCGUGGAGAGCCGUGAGAGUGGACCUGGUGGUUUCUCCCAUCAGCCAGUUUGCUUUCGCUCUACUGGGCUGGACCGGAUCCAAGUUGUUUGAGAGAGAGCUGCGACGCUGGGCGGGCCACAAGAAGGCCAUGUCUCUGAGCAGCCACGCCCUGUACGACAACACCCAGAGAAGAUAUCUGAGAGCUUCGUCAGAGGAGGAGAUCUUUGCUCAUCUCGGUCUGGAAUAUAUUCCUCCGUCAGAGAGAAACGCCUGAACGCACCUGAUGAGGAGCCUACAGGUACUGCCUGAGGGUUAAAACCUGCAGACAGGAAGGUUAACGUACCAGAUAAGCAACACAUCCACGAGUUUAAAUAUUUUAUAACUAAAUGAAACACAUUUUAAACCGCUUGAGUUAUCUGCAAUUAUUUAAUCUUUCGUUGCAACAAUGUCAAGUUAAAGGAAUACUUCAACCCCAAAACGACCAGUUAUUAUGACAGACUAUAGAUAAGAAGUGUACGUAGAAGCGACAUAGAGACACCCUAUACGUCUCUGGUGUCGUCCUGUCAAUCACCGUGUAGCCCCGCACUAAAUCAUACCCUGCUUUACGGUCUGUUUGAGUCUAAAUGGACCAUAAUUUACUAAAUAAACAUCAUGCUGUAUUGAAGAAGACUCAAAACUAAAGAUUGAGACAAUAAACUCAUGUUUACUGAGGGAAUAAAUCAAGAGAGAAGUAGAGUCAUUUUCUCAUAGAUGGAAUAGUCGUAAACAUAAAGACAUAUGAGCAAACUGGACUUAAUGGUGUAGUUGACAGUUUAUUAGGCACACUUGGCUGAAACGAGUCUAAAAGGAACUUAGGUGAACAAACACAGUUCCUUCUUUUAAAUCACUCCUCAAAAUGUAGUUUGUCUAGUUUUUAUCAGUUUUACUUCACCUGUU